AUGGUACGAAAGCGAGAUCAGAUAAUUUACAAACUUUCCGACAACGUGAGCGUAUCUUCCAUUGGCGAAGAAAAGCACAAACAGCUCAUGACCGAAAUUGAAGCUCUUCAUAAAGCCACCAUGGCUGCGGCUGCCAAGGCCACCAACACGACGCCACCGCGGACCGAUAUUACCACCAAGGUUAUCGCACCCAAACAAGACGCUAUUGCUGCUACCAUACCUGGAGAAACAUCCACCGCAGAUGCUGAAGCCUUGCAGGAAACGGCUCGCAAACUGAGAGAAGAAUUGGAACAACAGCAACGACAGCAGCAGCACCAGCUACAACGACAGCAAGAACAGUAUUCAUCACCGCAACCUCCGUCAUCGCAACCACUACAUGCGCAUCCACUGCAGGCACAGCCAUUACACGCACGACAACAACAACCGCAACCGAUACAAAUGCAACCAAUACAGGCGCAGCCAUCCCAGGCGCAACCACAAACACAAUUCCGGUCCAACUUAUCUGGUAUGCCGGAAGUCAAAGCGACGCGUAAAUACGUGAAAACUGGAAAGUAUUCGAAAAAGCGACAGCAGCAGCAGCAACAGCAGCAACAACAACAUCAACAACAUGAACAGCAACAGCAGCAACCCCAAGCCCAGAAUCAUACACAAGGACUCACACAGCAACAGUUGCUGGCUUUACAACAGUCGUUGCAAGCAGCAUCCAACACGACAAUGCCAGUGGGAAUGGAUGCAAAUGCCGCGGCGCCGAAUACUCUCAAUACAGCCAAACCGUUUGUUCUGCCGUCCAAUCAAAUGGCAAUGAAACCGAUAUUAACAAAACGAUUACCAGAAGAAGAAUUGCAUCACUUGGAAAUCAAAAGAAGAUUUAACGAAUCACUGGCUUCGGAUCACAAAGCCGUAACACAGCCCGACUACGAGACACCUUUUAGUUCCCUCAAGGACGCCAUCGAUCGUUUACUUCCCUACCACAUAUAUCAAUACCCAAAAGGAGAUCUUAAUGCCAACAAAAUCCCCAUGGAACUGCAAGAUAAAACCAUGCUCGAGAUAUUUAAGUGUCAAACCGAUUUAUUCGAAAAGUACGCGACCGUGAUCAAAAAGAUUGCCAAUAGCGAAGCGUCUACGCCACUCAAGAUUUUGAUCGAGCGUCAACUGUUAGCAGAUCAACGCCAGUUACUCACCGAAGAACAAGCAAAAAUUGCUGCCGAACAAGCCGCUCAACAGCAGGAAAUGCUACGUCUUCAAGCCGAACAAGCGCGUCUGGCAGCAUCGCAACAGCCUGCACCGCCUACUACCAAUACAGGUUAG